UGACAUUGAGCAGCUGAGGAUUAACACCUGAGGAGAUAGCCAUGAAUGCGGAAACUCAGGAGGGCAGUGGUGUCGCUCAGCUGGCACGCGCCAUGGGAGCCUCGGAACCCGCUCUACGACUCAUUAUUUCAAUUUCACUUGGCUUUCCGUUAGCUUACUUACACCGUCGCACUCUCUACGGCAAAGCACCCCUCCAUCAACAUGUUUUUUUCCUUCUCAGCGGAGUUCUCCUGGGUAUCUGGAAUUUCGGUUGGGAUAUGAGCCACUCUGCUAUUUCUUUAUGCACAACGUACCUGAUUUUACUAGUCCUUGGGAGUACCAAGCUAGCUGUUGCUGUUACCUUUAUAUUCAAUAUGUCACAUUUAUUGUACGGCUACUGGACAACGAGCACCGAAGCUUACGACAUUAAAUGGACAAUGCCCCAUUGCGUGUUAACCCUUCGUCUGAUCGGUCUCGGCUGGAACUACUACGACGGCAGUCGAGACGAGCAAUACCUCUCUGGUUAUCAAAAAAUAGUCUCAUUAAAGCGCUUGCCAUCUUUUCUGGAAUGCGCUGGCUUCACGUACUUUCCUGGGGCAUUCCUCGUUGGUCCUCAGUUCAGUAUGAGACGAUAUCUCGAUUACGUCAACGGGGAUUUGAUAGAAAGCAAAUCUACGGGAGUUGAUGGACUCCCGGACAAUAUUGGAGCUGCGAUAAAACGCACAGGUUUGGCGUUCACGUACCUUCUGAUUUAUCUCAUUGGAGUGACUUAUGUGUCCGACGAAUUCCUGCUGAGUGAGGACUUUGGAAAUGCAAAUUUUAUUAAGAAAGCUUUAUUGCUGGGGCUGUGGGCUCGGGUAUGCCUCUACAAAUACAUUGGCUGCUGGCUGCUGACGGAGGGGGUAUGCACCACAUUUGCCCUGUCCUACAAUGGUUGCGACGAAAAUGGCCGAUCCAAGUGGGACGGUUGCGCCAAUGUUGAUCUGUUCACAUUCGAAAAUGCUACGACAUUCAACCACUACAUUCAGUCCUUCAACAUGAACUCAAAUCAGUGGUUCGCCGAGUAUAUAUAUAAACGUCUCAAGUAUCUCGGUUCACGCAACGCAAGUCAAUUCCUUACUCUUCUAUUUAUUGCUAUCUGGCAUGGCUUCCAUUUUGGUUACUACAUUACCUUCUUCAAUGAAUUCGUCAUUAUGCACUUCGAGAAAGACAUCGGUCCAGUUCUUCGUAAAAAUGACAAAUUGCAGGCAGCUAUCGCCACUCCACAUGGCAAAGUCAUCGCCUGGUCAAUCCAGAAGGUGUACACACUCGUCUUCAUGGGCCACGCUUUCGUACCAUUCGGAUUACUUUCCUAUUCCCACUACAUGCAUGUCUACUCAAGUGUUUAUUACUUUGGAUUUUUAUUCUUCUGUGGUUAUCCAUUCGCUGCGCCUUACGUGAAACGAAUCAUUCGAGGAAGUGCAACAAGACCGCAUAGCGAAUAAUUUCACAUGUAUUUUUUUUUUUUUCGCUGAAUUAUUUUAUUCAUCGGGCGAUGACGAAUGAGAACUUAAUGAUGAGGAGGGGGGAGGAGGAAAGGAUGAAUUAUGAUGAAUUUGGACGGACUUUCUCUCCGCAGGUGUCUUACCGUCCGGAAUUUAGUAUUUUUCUGGAGGAAUAUGGAUGAUAUGGUGGUGAUUUAAACGAGAAGAGAAACUGGGGAAUCGAAAUUAUUCGAAUUUUUGAGAGGAGAUGACGUAACAGCUUUUCGCUACCCUGUGCUUAUCUCAAAAAUUAUUUAGACCGGAACUAUCUGCGACGAAUAGUUCCGAUUCAAUUCAUUUUUAAAGACUCGCCGAUUUUUUAUAUUUGUCGAUAGCAUUCUUGUGGCUUGUUUUUUAUAAAAAGAGAACUUGUAUUCAUUGUAAUAAUUUCGAACUCCGUGAAUUAAUGACUAUUUUGACUUCACGAGGGCUUCCGUCAAGGCUGUUGAUGAUUUUAUUGUUUUUUUACAACAGAAAAACCUCAACAGCCGCGGCUAUUGUUGUAUGUACUCUUGUGUUCGAUGAUUUUUAAAGCGAAAUGAGAAGAAAAAAAACAGUAUCAAUAAAUUGUAUUUUCAGUAA